AUGCACCAAGUUCUGGAAGGCAUGGGCAUAGGCAAGCCAGCGAAUACGGUGGAUAAAAAGGACAAUACCAAGGGGAGCACGCCGCAAGACGUACCGCAUUCAGGCCAAAAGGACGUCUUCAGGAUCCCCAACUUUGCGCGGUCCCCAAACCCAGCCAAAGAAUCAUGGCAAGGCACUCCUCCCUCCAGCGCAUCUCCAAACCCACACAUCCGCCGCGUAGCAGCCUCAAGCCCACCCAUGCCCUCCCCCAAAACAAUCAUCUACAUAACCCUCCUCAUCGCCGUCCUCACAAAUCCCACACUCGCAAAGCCAAUCUCCCCUUUCGCUCCCGGCCUCGCCCGCACCCGUAGUAUCUCCCACACAACCACCACCACAAUCACCACAAUGACAUCCACCGACAGCGCCGCUUUAGCUGGCAAAAUCUUCUCCUGGAUGAGUACCUUCCUCUACCUAGGCUCCCGACUCCCCCAACUCUACAUGAACCAAAUCCGCAAAUCCACCGCGGGCCUCUCCCCCGCCCUCUUCGCCGCCGCCUUCUUCGGCAAUCUCUUCUACUCCUCCUCCCUCGCCACAAACCCCUGCGCCUGGCGUGACUUCGCCCCCGGCGAAGGCCGCGGCUGGGUCGAUCCCUCCGGCAGCAAUCGUGAGAGUUGGAUCCUCCGCGCCUCCCCCUUCUUCCUCGGUGCUGCGGGUGUGCUCCUCAUGGACGCAGCCGUAGGUCUCCAGUUCUAUUUCUUCGACGACGCAGUCGCGCCACGGGGUCGCUCCCAACUCCCGCGCGACGACGAGGUCGUCAUCACCGUCGAUGAGAAUGGGAAGCUUAUCCGUAAGAGUCUACACUGGAGACGCGUUAGUGGGUGGAUGAGGGGAUGGGCACCUGCUGUUAGUGUGGCUGCGACCCCGAAUGUGAGUCGUGCGGUUACGCCAAUGGAUUCGCCGCGCGAUGCGAGUCCCGCGGGCAGUGUGGGGAGUAGCCAGAGCAGUGGGAGUCAGAGCAUUCCGAUUAAGAGGCAAGGGAGUGCGUUGGAUGAGGCGAGGGCGUUGUUGGGGACCGGUAGGCAUGCUAGUCCCAGGAGUUAUGGGGCUGUGGGGAGUCCCAGGUAG